AUGCGGUUCGCCGCCAACUGCCUAGCGGGCCUUGUGCUCGCUGGCCUCGCCGGCGCCUCUCCCUACAGGGAAGAUCUGGUAGACUACAACCUCAACACGAACAAAGACGCGACUGACCCGACCCAAUACACGACCUCCGUCCGGUCCAACACGACCUACACGCCCUCGCCCGGCAACUGGCGCCAGAUUCCUUUCUACUCUCUGCUGCCAGACAAGUUCGCCGACGGCGACCCCUCGAACAAUGACUACUUUGGGACGAUGUACGAGUACGACUGGCGCGAGACGCAGAUUCGCGCGGGAGGCGACUUGCGCGGCAUCGGCCUCAAGCUGGACUACCUCCAGGGCAUGGGCAUCAAAGGCGUCUUCAUCUCCGGAACGCCCUUCCUCAACAUGCUCUGGCAGGCUGACAGUUAUUCACCGCUCGAUUUCUCGGUCUUGGAUCCCCAUUACGGCGACAUUGCGACCUAUCAGGCGCUCGUGGACGAGAUCCAUGCCCGCGGAAUGUAUGUCAUGGCUGACUUUACGGUCGGCACCAUGGCCGACCUCAUCGGCUUCGACGGUCACCUCACGUCUGCGGCCCCGUUCACGUUCAACGAAUACAAAGCCGUGUGGAAGGAUCCAGACAUGAUGCCGUGGAAUUUCACCGAAUACAAGGAUUUCACCAUCUCGAACACGUACAACGAGUCGUGCGAGUACCCCACUUUCUACAACGAGACUGGCGUGCCGCUCGAUCUGGGCGUUAAAGGAUGUUACGAGUCGGACUUCGAUCAGUACGGUGACACCGAGGCGUUCGGUGUGCAUCCCGACUAUCAGCGUCAGCUGUCCAAGUUCGCUAGCGUCCAAGAUCGUCUUCGCGAAUGGAAACCGAGCGUGAUGGCCAAGCUGCAGGUCUUCGCGUGCAUGACCAUCCAGGCGCUCGACAUUGAUGCCAUCCGUAUCGACAAGUCCAUCCAAGUCACCGUCGACGCCCUCGCGGAGUGGGCCACUUCUGCCCGCUCGUGCGCCGGUAAACUUGGCAAGAAGAAUUUUCUCAUCACCGGCGAAGUCACGGGCGGUGAUUCGACCGGUUCGCUUUAUUACGGACGGGGACGCAGGUCCGACCAGCGCCCUCCGGCCGGGACGAUCCAGUCGUAUGCGAACAUCACGGCCACGGAUGACUACUUCAUACGGGCGGAGAAUAAGAGCGCGCUGGACAGCGUCGCGUUCCACUACUCGGUCUACCGUGGUAUGACCUCGCUUCUGGGUCUCGACGGCAACUUGCUCGUGGCGUACGAUGUCGCUCAGGACUUCGCCGACGCUUGGAACCAGAUGUGCCAGGACAACGACAUGAUCAACCCCAAUACCGGCGACUUCGACCCGCGGCACAUGUACGGCACUAGCAACUUCGACGUCUUCCGCUGGCCCGCCUUAGCGAACGGCACGCUCCGCGCAUCGCUCGGCACGUUCAUUAGCACGCUUGUCAUGCCAGGUCUUCCGCUCGUGUACUACGGCGAAGAGCAGAACUUCUACAUCUACGACACUACGGCGAACAACUAUCUGUACGGCCGACAGGCGAUGACGGCUACGAAGGCCUGGCAGCGCCACGGUUGCUACGGGCUCGGCUCGGACCAAUACUUCAACUUUGAUCUGCAGAAGGUGUACAUGGGCUGUUACGAUGAUUGGAACGCUUUGGACCAUUUCGAUCCCACGGCCGACAGCAGGAGAUUGAUGGCGCGGAUGUAUCAGCUUCGCGAGACGUACGGCGCAUUGCAGGACGGUUUCCAGCUAACUCAGCUCGGAAACUGGACCUACGAGAUCUAUAGGCCUGGUUCGGGCGGGACGGCGACGACGAUGGGUCUUUGGGCGGUGAUGCGCGAUAAGAUCGAUACGCAGACGCUCAGCGGGACGUAUAACGACCCCGUCAUGCUCCUCUACACGAACCAAAACACCAGCACGACCUUCGAGCAGUCGUGCACGGGCAAGACGCCCAUAUACACGCCCUUCACUCUCGGUACCACCGUGCGGAACUUGUUCUACCCGUACGAGAACUACACGCUUCAGUCGACAACUGGCUCCACCACGACCGGUUCGGCAUGUAUCCCCAAAGUCGAUAUGGCGCCGUACGAGUUCAAGGCGCUUGUGCCCCAGGCGCAGUGGGUCGGCCCGCGCCCUGCGCUCACGGCCUUCUCGCCCGGACAUGACGCACGCGUGGACAGCAGCAACGGGACUACGAGCCUCGACAUCCGGCUCGAGUUCAACGUCCCUAUGAGCUGCACAGGUGUCACAUCUGCUCUCAGCGUCAAUGCGAGCAGCUCGGGCAAGGGUGGCACGGUCAGCGUCGGCACGCCUGCGUGUGGCGCUGUGACCGGACAGACGGCUACGCUGGCUGGUGACGCGCCAAGCGCGUGGUACUGGCAAACGACCCUCACAAACGUUCCAGACGGCAUCAUCGCUCUAACACUCAAAAACGCACCUUCAGCCGCCGGCGCGAACGACACGACGCAAGCGACCGAUACGCUCCUCGUCCGCAAGGGCACGUCCGAUAACGUACUGGUCUUCCCUGACGCGGACCAUGACAACAGUGCUUGGAGCGAGAGCGAUGGCAACUUCGUGUUUACGCAUAAGGCGCUCGGCGCUGAUAAGUUUAGGUGGAGCUGGAACUUCGGGCAAAACUGGACCACAUGGCAGAGUUGGGAGGAUAGCACCACUAUCCCGAGCGGCAACUUCAGCGGUAACUGGUGGGAUGGUGAUCAUAUCAUGGUGCAGUACUGGAGCGAACUCGCAGCGUCUGCGUCGCACGUCGUGCACGCCGAUAGCGGUGUGAAGCACCAGCGCCGCGUUCCACAGUUCCUCGCCCGUGGUCCGUUCAACAGCUGGGGCUUCGACGCCGGUUCCGAAUCAACAUUCGAGCUGAAGGGCGACGGCACAUGGGAGCUCGAGUUUGAAGGCGUUUGGCCGUCAUUCAUUGAGCUGAACGUCUUCGGCUUUGACGACUACUACUACGGCGACGUCGACGGUGACGGCGUGCUUGACCGCUUACCGCCCAACACCGCCGCGGCAAACUACGUCAACAUGACUGCCCCGCCCAAGCCGCAUCUCGCAUGGGUCAUCACCGUCGACGACCGUACGCUGCAGUAUACCCUCUCGCCGCGCGGCGCGAGUUCAGUCGCUGUCACGAUGUACGCGCUGCUCACCACGAUCCCAAUCAUUACCGCCAGUCUCGCCGUCGCCAUCUUCAUGUGGUCGUUCUACGGUAUCAAGCACAACAAGUACGGUGUCAAGCCUGCGAAGGACCACUACUUCCCCAUCCUCGGCGCCCUGGGACACAAGGGCAAGCAUGGAGGUGAUGGCGGCGACGCAACGCCGCUUAGCGAAAAAGUCUUCGGCGCACAUGGACACGGAUUCGGGAGCGGUCGUGCGGCGGCGGGCGAGAUCAUCGGUUGGCCAGAGGACAAGGCGAAGCGUCGCAAGUGUCUUAUCGCGACGCUUGAGUACGAGAUCAUCGACUGGAAGCUCAAGGUCAAGAUUGGUGGUUUGGGUGUCAUGAGUAGCUUGAUGGGCAAGGCGAUGACCGACGUCGACCUCAUUUGGGUCGUGCCGAAGGUCAAGGACCUCGAGUACCCGCCUGGGCAGCAGGAGGAGCCAUUUGAGGUUAUCAUCUUCGGCGAGCCGUAUCUGAUUGAGGUCGAGACGCACGUCCUGGACAACAUCACCUACGUCAUUCUCGACAGUCCUGUCUUCCGCGCACAGACCAAGGCGGACCCGUACCCGGCGCGCAUGGACGACUUGUCAAGUGCGAUCUUCUACAGUACUUGGAACCAGGCUAUCGCGGCGACCAUCCGCAAGUUCCCGGACAUCGACAUCUACCACAUCAACGACUACCACGGCGCCCUCGCUCCCAUCUACCUCCUCCCCAAGGUCAUGCCCGUCUGCUUGAGUCUGCACAACGCCGAGUUCCAGGGCUUGUGGCCGCUCAGGACGAAGGAGGAGAUGAAGGAAGUUUGCAGUGCAUUCAACAUGUCCAAGGAGGCGUGCACGAAGUACGUCCAGUUCGGGAACACGUUCAACUUGCUUCACGCCGCCGCAUCCUUCAUCUCGGUCCACCAAAAAUCGAUCGGUGUCGCCGGUGUGUCGGACAAGUACGGCAAACGCUCCUGGGCACGUUAUCCCGCUCUAUGGACAUUGAAGCACGUCGACUCCCUGCCUAACCCGGAUCCGAGCGAUAUCGCAGCAUUGGACGAGCAUGCUAUCAAGGCGAAGGACGUCACGGUCGAUCAGGUGGCUGAGGCCGAGCGCCCCGAGCAUAAGCGCCAGGCGCAAGAGUGGGCGGGCAUCAAGCAGGACCCCAACUCUGAUCUCUUCGUGUUCGUCGGUCGUUGGUCGAAGCAGAAGGGUGUGGACCUUAUCGCGGAUGUCAUGCCCUCGCUGCUCGAGAAGAAGCCAUCCAUCCAGCUCAUUUGCGUCGGCCCCGUCAUCGAUCUCUACGGGCGCUUCGCCGCGGAGAAGCUCAACAGGCUCAUGCAGAUGUACCCGGAUCGUGUGUUCUCGAAGCCCGAGUUCACGGCGCUCCCGCCGUAUCUGUUCUCUGGCGCCGACUUUGCGCUUAUCCCCUCUCGUGAUGAGCCGUUCGGUCUUGUCGCUGUAGAGUUCGGUCGUAAGGGUGCACUCGGUGUUGGCUCGCGUCUGGGUGGUCUUGGUCUCAUGCCCGGUUGGUGGUUCCCUGUCGAAUCUAGCUCUGCGGCGCAUAUGCUUUCGCAGUUGUCAAAGACGAUCAAGCUCGCGCUCAAGUCGACCGAGGAAGAACGUGCCAUGUUGCGCGCUCGAUCUGCCGUACAACGUUUCCCUGUCGUCGAGUGGCGUCAGCGUAUGGAGGACUUCCACGCCCGUUCAAUCAACACUUCCCGUCACAUCGCCGCGCAUGACGCCUGGAGACCGUCCGACGGAGGCCUAGAGCCCACGACGCGGAUAGGAGCCGACGAGCACGCAGACUGGAGUCCGGUUCACCAGGAGGAUCCAAGCCGACCAGGAUGGGACCGCGCGAGUUCGUACGCCGAGAGCGUGCCGCCUUCACCGAUGACGCCCGGAACGAGCGAUCCGCUGCACAUGCCUGCACCCCGCUUCCUCGGCCACGGCGCGGACCGCAAUAGCGUGGUCAGCACUGCGAGUGACAUCGAAGCGCAGGACUACUUCUCGCAACAGCGCGCGGGCGCCGGACCGGACUUCGGUAACUUCCUCGACAAAGUCAAUCAGCAGGCGGCGCAUGGCGCGCGCAAUGCACCAGAUCCAUUCCUCGAAGCGCCGACCAGGCCAUUCGGUGCUCACUCGCGCGUCAGCUCAGUAGAGUCCAUUGCGAGCAUCGUAGACGAAAAGAGCAACAGCCCGUUGAACAAGGCCAUGGCGAGCUUCACGGAUCAGGAUGGUGGCGUCGCACAGGAGUUCGUGCAGAAAUUGCAGGCCCUCAACGCGGAGAACUCGAAGAAGGAGCUGAGUAUCGAAGCGUUCUUGCAGAAGAGCGAGGAGGCUUUCUUCGACAAGGUUCGCAAGGACAAGCUAGACGCUGCGCAGAGCAUACGCGCCUCUUCUCGUGAUCGCGAUUCCAUCUGGGGCACACCAGCGCCAUCUCUGUACGACGGCUCGCGUCCACAGUCGCCCUCGGUCAUCUCACGCAACAACUCGUUCAAUCACUCCGAGUACGAAGGCGCACUGGUCAACAAUGAGGCCGGCGACGUCGUUAUCAUGAGUGGAUUGCAAAUCGCUCUGGCACGCGAGAUUGGCGGAUGGCCGCUCUACACCAUCAUCAUGUCACUCGGCCAGAUCUUGUCUGCGACGAGCUUCCAGCUCACGCUGCUCUCGGGAUCAAGCAACCAAACCGACUUGCAACUCUACGUGCUUGGCGGCGUGUUCCUUGCCGCGUGUUGCGUGUGGUACCCGCUGUUCCGCCUCAAGCCUUCGAUCUGGUGCUUGUCCGGCCCAUGGCUUUUCUUCGGCCUCGCGUUCUUCUUCAUCGGUCUACCCUCCAUCCCCGGCCUCGAGAACCUUCACGAGGUGCUCUCCGACGUCGCGACGUGGUGCUACGCUGCCGCCAGCGCGGCCUCGUUCUGCUUCUUCGGUCUCAACUUCGGCGAGGAGGCCGGUGCUAGCACCGAGACGUGGAUGUUGCGCGCUGUUAUCGUGCAGGGUACGCAGCAAGUUUGGAUCGCUGCGCUCUACUACUGGGGCUACAAGCUUGGUACCGGCGCGUCCGAGUCCGUUCCGUGGUGGAUCGUCGUUGUCGUUUGGCCACUCUCUAUCAUGUCGUUCGCAUUUGCGUACCUCAUGCUCUACGGCUUGCCGGAGUACUACCGCCAGACGCCACCAAAGGUGCCAAACUUCUACAAGACCCUCUUCCGUCGCAAGAUUGUCGUCUGGUUCUUGGCCGCGGAGAUCUUACGGGACUACUGGCUCUCGGGACCUUACGGACGCAACUGGAGCUUCCUUUGGAACGUCGACAUCCCGCGUUGGCAGACCGCUCUUCUCGUCGUGUUGUUCUUUGUCUUCGUCUGGGCCAUCCUCAUCGGCAUCCUCACGUACUUCAGCAAAACACACACCUGGCUUCUUCCCAUCUUCGCGGUCGGCCUCGGUGCACCACGCUGGUGUCAGAUGCUUUGGGGAACCUCAUCAUUGGCGCUUUAUAUUCCAUGGGCAGGACAUGCCGGACCUUACCUCGGCCUUUGUCUAUGGCUCUGGUUGGGCGUGCUCGAUGCCGUUCAGGGUGUCGGGCUCGGUCUUAUCCUACUCCAGACGCUCUCUCGUCUACACGUCUGCGUGACUCUCGCCAUUGCACAAGUCAUCGGCUCGGUCUGCGUCAUGAUCGCACGCGCAACAUCCCCCGACAGCGUCGGGCCGGGUAGCGUAUUCCCUAAUGUCGGUACCUGGGACUUCAGCGACGGUCUGAAGGGCAGCCCCAUGGCAAGCCCACUGUUCUGGUCCGCACUUGCGUGCCAAUUGCUCAUCGUGUCCGGCUACUUCUGGUUCUACCGCAAGGAGCAACUAUCCCGCCCAUAA